UUCGUCCUACACAACCUACCUCAUAUCUCGAAUGGAUCCUUUAAAGUAUAUUUUUCAAAAACCUAUGCCCACAGGCAGAUUGGUGAAGUGGCAGAUUUUACUUACAGAAUUUGACAUUGUGUAUGUUACGCGUACCGCUAUGAAAGCGCAAGCAUUGACCGAUCAUUUGGCAGAGAACCCAGUUGACAAUGAUUAUGAGCCUUUGCAAACUUACUUUCCUGAUGAAGAGAUAAAUUCAAUUGAGGAAGAAGUUCAAGAUGAUAUGUAUGCAUGGAAAUUAUAUUUUGAUGGGGCAGUCAAUGUCAAAGGAGUAGGAAUUGGGGCGGUUCUUGUCUCACCGACCGGGCAUCAUCAUCCCGCCACAGCACGACUCCGUUUCUUUUGUACUAAUAACACAGCAGAAUAUGAAGCUUGCAUCAUGGGGUUAAAUAUGGCAAUAAAUCUGGAUGUGCACAAGCUAGUGGUGUUAGGAGAUUUCGAAUUACUCAUUCGACAAAUUCAAGGUGAAUGGGAAAUGAGAGAUAUCAAGCUCAUUCCAUACAAACAGUUCUUAGAGGACCUUAGCAAAAGGUUUAAAUUUAUCGAGUUUAGAUAUAUUCCCAGAUCCCAUAACGAGCUGGCUGAUGCCCUGGCUACCCUAGCUUCCAUGCUCCCAUACCCAGGAAAUACGCAUCUCGACCCAUUAGAGAUACAGAUACGAGAUCAACAUGGUUACUGCAAUAUAAUUGAUGCAAAACCAGAUAAUGAACCUUGGUACAAUGACAUCAAACGCUUCCUAAAGUCAAAAGAAUAUCCAAUACACGCCAAUGCAGAUAAAAAAAGGACCAUUAGGAGACUUGCUAAUGGUUUCUUCUUAAGUGGGGAGAUUCUGUACAAACGAACCCCAGACUUGAACUUGUUGAGAUGUGUUAAUAUUCAGGAAGCUGAAAGAAUCAUGAAUGAGGUACAUUCGGGGGUAUGUGGUUCGCAUAUGAAUGGUUAUGUUUUAGUGAAGAAUAUUAUGCGGGCAGGAUAUUAUUGGUUUUCUGCAAAGCACAGGUUUAUCCAAGAAUGA